ACACCCAAAUCCUCCACCAAAACUUGAACUCAUCAAACACCAAUUCCCUCCUUUUACACCUCAUUCUUUCUUCCCUUCAAUUCCCUUCAUCCCUUGACUACUCCCUUUCCAUUUUCUCCUCUUUACAAUACCCAAAAACCCAUCUCACCGACAAGCUAUUUCGCGAGCUUUCGCGGUCUAAGGAACCCGUUAACGCGUUAUUGUUUUACGAAUAUGGAAGAAGAAAUGGGUUGGAAGUUGACAGGUUUAGCUUCCCGCCAUUGCUGAAAGCUGCGUCGAGGGGUUUGGCCUUGCGUGAAGGGAUGGAGAUUCAUGGGUUGGGUUGUAAACUUGGGUUUGAUGAUGACCCGUUUGUUCAGACUGCUUUGCUUGGUAUGUAUGCGAAUUGUGGGAAAAUUGAAGAUGCACGGUUGGUGUUUGAUAAAAUGUCUCAAAGAGAUAUUGUCACUUGGGAUAUUAUGAUUGAUGG